UCUUUCUGUGUCUCUCACUCUCUAUCUCUCUGAGUCUUUCAGCUUCCUUUUAGUAUUUUGUCUUGAUAACUCAAAGAAAACAUUCAGAAGAUCAGAUCCAAGUGGUUAAUCUGUCCAUCAACCCAUCCCUCCACAUAUCCAAUCCCAUAUAUACUUCGACCAGUCAUUCCAUCAAUCAAUCAAAUCAAGAAAACACACACACUCACAGGCUUAGCAUCCAUCAAAAAGAGAAGCAAGAAAAAUGUCCUCUUCAUCUGCUUUUGCAACACCGGACCACCACCACCUUGCUGCUCCCCCCACGGAGCAGCUCUGUUACGUCCAUUGCAACUUCUGUGACACUGUCCUGGCGGUGAGUGUUCCUUGCACUAGUUUGUUCAAGACUGUAACUGUUCGAUGUGGGCAUUGCACCAACCUUCUGUCUGUGAACAUGCGGGGCCUUCUCCUUCCCAGCGCCAAUCAUCUUGGACAUUCAUUCUUUUCACCUCAGAAUCUUCUGGAGGAACUGAGGAACACACCUCCCAAUUUGCUGAUCAAUCAGCCUAACCCAAAUGAGUCACUCAUGCCUGUCCGAGGAGUUGAUGAGCUUCCCAAACCUCCUGUUGCUAACAGACCUCCGGAGAAGCGACAGAGAGUGCCAUCUGCUUACAACCGGUUCAUCAAGGACGAGAUCCAACGUAUCAAAGCUGGAAACCCUGAUAUAAGCCACAGGGAGGCCUUCAGUGCAGCUGCAAAAAAUUGGGCCCACUUUCCACACAUUCACUUCGGACUCAUGCCUGAUCAACCCGUGAAGAAAUCCAAUGUGUGUCAACAGGAAGGAGAGGAUGUGCUGAUGAAAGAUGGAUUCCUUGCUCCUGCCAAUGUUGGGGUCUCUCCCUAUUAAGCAUGUCAAACUUAUUAUGGUUUUAUUAUUAGUCUGCCUCUUUAUUCUAGCUAUCCUUAAUUAGUAGUCUAAUGUUAGGGUUCCAGUACUUAUGUUGUCUCCUUUAAGAAGACCUCUGAAAAGUUCGGGUUAUGACCUAGGUUCAAUCUUAUGGGAUGGAGAGGAUUUUGGAUGUCAAUGUGGUAAUGGUUACAGUUAAAUCUCUCUUAAAACCCAUUUUCAAAUGAAGCUGCUCCUUUCUGUUGAUGUCUAUAAUGCACA